UUACUUACUUCGCCACCAGCGGAGGUUCAGUAGUGCACUUGCACGCGUUCGAGACGGUUGCGAUUCUCUAUCGGUACGAGUAUCACACGUGGACGCGAUUGAAACGUGAAAAGAUUUUCUCUUUUGGGAGCAGACAGCGGCCAGUCUGACAGACAAGGAGUGGAAAAUCGAUUGAAGUUUUCCUGGGGUGGUGAUUGUGUGCGUGUAGCUGGGUAUCCCAUGUCAAAAAGGAAGCUUUUCUGGAAAAGCUGUAACCUGUACUUCGUGUGAGAAGAGAAAUCAUCUGUUUUCCAAGAUGUAGUGGAGUGGUCAGGAAUCUCACAUUCGGUUGUGUCUGGCAGUCAGCCGACUUUACGUCACCAGGAAAAAGGCUCGGUGAAUCGGUAUCCAGAAGAAGCUGUACGAAGAAAAGUUAUUCCGGUUUGUGCAUAGUGCGGUUCUUAUAUAAAUAUCGAAGUUCACUGCUGAAGUUGGUGAAAAUUUCGACUACUAGUUUUAACAAAAUGGGUGUGAACGAUAGUGAUAAUGAAGAGGUUGUCUCCUCGACAUCGAAGAUGGAUUUGCAGAUGCUGCAGAAAAUUUUCGUCAAGCAUGAACCGGACUUGGUUAUAGACUCAUAUGAAGAAGCCAAAGGAUCCGGCCGUGGAGACAACUACACUGCGGCCCUUUUCCGAAUAACUCUCAAAGGCUACACCCGUCCCAAGGACGCAUCGAAGAAGCUCCGUUGGGAACGAACGGUCAUCUGCAAACGACUUCCGGACUGCAAAAUAAAACGCGAAGCGUUCAAAAGUGAAGCCCUGUUUCGCAAUGAGGUGGAGUUCUACAACUGCAUCAUGCCGGAGUUUAUCGCGUUUCAGAAGCGUAAAACCAAGGACGUGAGCCAUAUUUUUAUGGCAGUUCCACGGUGCUACCUGGCGCAGAACGAUCUGGUAAUGCUGGAAGAUCUGCGGGUUCGUCGCUUUACCAUGCCCGAUCGACAGGCGGGACUUGGCAUGGAGCAGAUGAAGGCUAUAUUGGUGGAACUGUCCAAGUUCCAUGCGGUUAGCUUGGCUUACAAGAUGCAACAUCCGAAUGAGUUCAAGCGGUUGACUUCGAAGAUAUCGGAGGGCAUAUUCACGAAAGAGAACACCGAGUGGUACAGGAACUACUAUGAGAUUCUGACGAAGAACGCUUUACAGAUGGUGACGCAGACCAUUCCGGAUCAGAAGGAGUACUUGGCGAAAAUGAAAGGCUUUUUGGAUAAUUGCUUCGGCAAUUUGGUGGAGUUGGUAAGCCGGAAGAGCAAGCUGUCGGUCAUCUGCCAUGGCGAUUGUUGGACAAAUAAUAUAUUGUUCAAGCAUGACGAAAAAGGCUCGAUAACUGAGAUAUGUUUCUUGGACUUCCAGCUGAUCCGCCACGGUUCACUCGCGCUGGACCUAGCUUACCUGAUCUACUGCUUUACCGAGUCCGCACUACGGAAGGCCAACCUGCAGACGUGGCUCUCCAUCUACCACCAGCAGUUGGUGAAGUCCCUCAAAGUGCUGGGAUCUCUGCAGGACUACUGCACCGACGAGGCUGAUCUGCUGCGCCAAAUUCAGGACGAGUUUCGAAGCUGUGCCCCGUUCGGACUGGGAACGGCAAUGGACAUGCUUCCCAUCAGUACCUGUUCGUCGGAGGAGGCUCCCGAUUUGUAUGUAAGCGGAUCGGAAACGGCACCGACGCCGCCGGAGUUGAACGUACCUCCGAAUGAGUUGUGCCGGCGGAAGAUGACGGAUAUUGUGUUGGAGAUGGUCGAUGGGGGGAUGAUCUAAGGGGUGUUUGUGAAGGGGUGGGUAGGUGAUUCCGCACGUCAGGGUUCGUGAAGCAGCAGUAUUCGAAUGAUAAGGAACAUUAUUUAUGUGGUAUUAAUGGUAGUACAAUUAUGAUUGUAACAAUAAAAUUAAAACAGUUAAACAGUUAGAUGGUAGACUA